CGACUGGAACGAAAGCUUACGGACUGCGAUCGCCAAAGGCAGGAGGCGGUGUCCGAGGUCGCCGCCUGCAUGCAAGAGAAGCUGCGCCUGCAGGAGGAACUGUCCCAAGCCUUGCGACGGCGCCAGAGCAUUCGAAAGAUGGUCAGUCGCAGUCUUCGACGUAAUUCCAGUGACUCCUCUGAAGAUGACUUUGUUGACAGCCAUCUAUCCAGCUGCAGUGGUCAAAGUCGCAGCGGAUUUAAUCGCGCCUGCGAAUGGCAGUUUAUACUUAGGUGGGCACAUAACUACGACAGCUCGUCCAUGGUGAGCAAGAAGACCUUCAAAGUCCUCAAUGUGAUACGUUUGUCACAUGAGGGUGAAUUUGCCUACAGUAAAACGGACUUCCGGUGUGCCUUCCUCGCUGCUCCUCGCGUUCCGGCUGUAAGACAGGGUGAGAACAAUCAGAACUAG